AAAAAUCUAUAAACUCUUCUACACCAGCGAGAAGCCGCAGGCUUCACAGCACACAAAGCCAGAAAUUUUCUCAGUGCAAAAAGUGCUGAGGAAAACAUAACAUGGUGCAGCAUUGGUCGGAGCAUCGGAUCCUUUGGUGGUAGUAGCAUAUACAUAGAACAGCAUAUACCUAUGUGUUAAUCAAAAAGUAGUGAUUUUUUUCGAAAUAAGUGGCCAUCACUUGCAUUUGUGCUUGAAGUGUUGAGGAUUCCGUUGUUUUGCAGUUUAGGGAGAAACUAUUUUAACUAUUGACUGUGCAGGCAAAGGACUUAUCGUGAAAAGAAAAUACUUUGAUACAAUCUAAAUUAUUGGGUGAUAGCUGAAAAUCGGUGUAAACAAAAUUAUUUUAUGUUGGACCAAGAAGUUUUCAAUGAUCUACCUUUAUAAACUAUCUAGUAAAAAUGCAACUAGUUCAGUUAUGUAGAGACUAGUAAAAGUGAAAAGUGUUACUAGAAAGGCAAGGUGUCUGUCUCUGAAAAGUUUGGCAUAAAAAGUCUGAAUUGAAGGUCAUUCGUGAAAAAUGGAACAUGACGUCCCAAAAAUGUGAAGACUCGAGAAGGCAAAUCAAUGUUGGCAUCUUAUCAUCGAAAGAAAAAAAAAACAAACUGCACAGGGAGUGUUUAUCCAUUUUGCGUAGAAGUUCAAAGUACUGAAGAGAAUCCCUCAUGGUAAUUUAUGUGAGCUGUUAAGCUUAUGUAGCCCGUAAUAGUGUCGUACAGCGGGAGGGCAGGCGUGGUUUGUUGAUUGGAUAAUGAAGUAAACGCAUCGAGUCGCCCAAAACGACCGGAUCAAUACUACUCACACACCGCACAUAUCCAUGAAGCAUAUUAACUUGUGAGAUAAAUUUCCAUAUUCCUGUAGACCUUGUGCCGUAAUAGUUUUAGUUUUUGCCAUCGUAAAGGCAAACGUAAGCAGCCCAAAUGAAAAAAGUAAUGAUUCCUUCACUGGAUAUGAAAAAGAGUGUUUCGGUUAAAGUAGAUAGUGAUCUGACAUUAUUACUAUCGAGUGGAGUGUACGAAAUCAAAAAAAUGGAGCCUCGCAGGCGGCUCCGUCCAAUUGUGAUCAUAUGCUUGUUCCUUACCAUAGCCGGCAUUAUAGGAUUCGGAUACUUUUGCCCAGACCAGGUGUGUGCCCUAUCGCGGCGGGAAGUGGCCAGCAACCAGGAUCUGAUAGCUGGCUUUACUCAUGACAAUCUGGGCAAACCUGUGCAGCAGAAUCUGCUUUCGAAUCCGGGACUCAGCUAUGAGGAAGUUUUGAACGACGACUUCCAGUUCGACAUGAAUGCGCACGAUGUGAUGGUUUUUCUGCACAUCCAAAAAACAGGUGGUACAUCCUUCGGUAAACAUUUGGUGCGUGAUUUAGAUUUGAAGCGACCGUGCACAUGUCAGCGAAAGAAGAAACGGUGCUACUGCUUCCGGCCGCAUCGCAACGAAAACUGGCUUUUCUCGCGCUACUCAACUGGCUGGAAAUGCGGUUUACAUGCCGACUGGACCGAACUGACCGGAUGCGUCGAUCAGGAGCUGGACAAGAACGAAGGCGAAACUGCCAAGCGGCGAUACUUCUACAUUACUCUGCUGCGCGAACCGAUCGCCCGGUAUCUGUCCGAGUUCCGACACGUGCAACGUGGUGCAACUUGGAAAAACUCCCGGCACUGGUGUCUGGGCAGAACGGCCACACCGGAAGAGCUUCCACCGUGCUAUAAUGGUGAAAACUGGAACGGUGUGCAUCUAGAUGAAUUCGCUGGCUGCGAGAGUAAUCUUGCGGCUAACCGCCAGACCCGCAUGCUAGCAGAUCUGGCGCUGGUUGGCUGCUACAACAAAACGUACAUGCCAUCGGCAGAGCGCGACCGCAUCAUGCUGGCCAGUGCCAAGCGCAACCUUGCCGCCAUGUCCUAUUUUGGGUUGACCGAGUAUCAGAAAAUCUCGCAGUACAUCUUCGAGGAGACGUUCAAUUUGCGUUUCGCCAUUCCGUUCGAGCAGCAUAACAAUACCGUGUCGACUAGCACCAUGAACGGACUGACGGCCGACCAGCGAGCCCGGAUAGAUAAGCUAAAUGCACUCGACAUCGAGCUGUAUGCAUUCGCGAAGAAAUUAAUGUUCCAAAGAUUCGAAAGACUUAAAGCCAAAGAUAAUGAUUUUAACGUAAGAUUUUCGCAUUUGGGCAACCUAGGAGUUAAGAGCGGUGUUACCGAGUUCAAUUGGGACAGUAACAUUGACGAGUCACCCAGCAGUGAGCAUCACUGAUACGGAAAGUUUGGGAGUCAUACCGAAGCGACAUUCCCGCACAAAUCGCCAUACCAGUUGGUUUUGAAAACGUUGCCAUCACGCCGUUUCCGCAAUCGCCUUGCUAUGCCACCCGCGUCCCUGACCGUUAACAGCGAUAUCAUCCCAUUGUCUUGCAUUACUGAUGUUCCCGCCGAAAGUCCCCCGCCGACAAGGAUGACAGCGGGCGCUACUCCAAUGUCCUAUAAUCUCAAAUUUCACGCUUCCACUAGUCCGAAUAAAAGGAAGCAUAUCCAACGUCCACGACCGCAGAAUCGCGAUGAUGGAAGACGGUCCUUCACACUUAGCAAGCAACAGAUAACAAUGCAAACGCUGCGCGAUGGUCCCCCGUCAAAGACAUGGAAGUUGAGCAACAACAGCAGCAACUAGUGAUGCUGGAUAGUCAUAGAAAGUUAGCUCCGAGUGUUGUUUGCAUACUGAUUUUAGCAUUUUUUAGUACUGACGCAGAAUGUGAGUAUUAUAUCUAAUACAUACAUACACAAGCAACAUUGUUUCAUAAUAGCUUAAGAAGUAAGAAUAAACAUAAU